UUGCCCCGGUGAGGACGAAGCGCCAUAGCCACGGUAGCCCUGGCGACAAGAACCCAGCAACGAGAAUCAACAACAACAGCCUGAAUCCUUGAAAAAAAUAAAAACCAAAAUACCGGUGGGAAAUUCACUUGGAAUCAGAGUGUCUGAGUCCCAGUUCUCGUGAUGGCCACGACAGGCUACGUUGGGGAGUUGCAGCCUGUGACGACCCAGCCCCAAGGGGCAGCGAGUGGGAGUGUGACGGUGGCUGGACAGUCCUCAGCAUCCGCUGCCCCACACACCGUGGUAGCUCCUACGCAGCAGUUCCUGGCUCAGCUUCAGACCACAGUGGGGGCUCCUGCAGCCGCAGCAGGACACACCACACCCCCUGCACAAGCCACUCCCACAGCUGCACAGAAGACAGCAGUUGUCCAGGUGGCGCCCACACAGGCUCCUCCCCCCCAGACCCAGUAUGUGACGGCUGAGAUCCAGGGUUCCUCAUCACAGGCCAACAACGCCCAGAACGCCCCCCAGUACAUCGUAGUCACCGUCACAGAGGGCUCUCUCCAUUCAAGUGACUCUGUGUCUGCCUCGAGCCCUCCUCCAGCUGUGGUACAGCAGACUGGGGUUCCCACACAGGUGGUGCAGCAGGUGCAAGCAGCACAGCAGAGGUCAGUGGUGCAGGCAACGUCCCAGAUCACAGCCAAGACUGAACAAGGUAUCACCACCCAGCUGAGUGUCACCAAUCUGCAGCCUGUCCACCUCACUCAGGAGGUGCAGCAGCAGCUCCAGCAGGUGCCAGUGCAGCAUGUGUACACCAAUCAGGUGCAGUAUGUUGAAGGGGGAGACAACAACUACACCACCAGCACAAUUCGUUCAGGCAGCUUCACCUACACAGACACCCCUCUGUACACUCAGACCACCGCCGCCCCUUACUACGAAGCCCCUCCCACCUCUGGCUCACAGGUCCCCACCACCGGCACACCCCUGACCGUCUCCGUGACAACGGGCUCCACCGGUGGUGUGUCUAUGUACGUGGCUGGCACAGGCCAGAUUGUGGCCAAUCCGGCGGCCACCUCAGGGGGUGGGGCAACGGUGGUGGCGACAGGGGGAACAGCCAAUGGGACUGGGGAAGGGGCGGGGGCUAAUGGAAGCGGGGGCAGCUAUGUGAUCCAGGGGGGGUACAUGCUGAGUGGCAACAGUCAGGGGGGCUACUCCACCCACAACGCCCGCUCCUCUCCUGCCACCGUCAGUACAACAGAGUGCGAGGAGGGUAGUGGCGUACCGUCGGCAGACAAAAAGGUAUGAGACAGAGACGCCAAUCUCAAUACUAUUCUCUCACACACACCUUUCAGUGUUCUACUAGUCUCAAUACUAUUCUCUCACACACACCUUUCAGUGUUCUACUAGUCUCAAUACUAUUCUCUCACACACACCUUUCAGUGUUCUACUAGUCUC